GCAUUCUCCAGCAACAACAAAAAAUAUCCGAAGAACGCAAAUGGUCGCAACACAGGUUCGCCACUGUUUUGCUCGGUACUAAAAUUUUAUUCGAAAGUUAUCGGUGAAACAGCGAGUAAAUGUGGAAAUAUGUUUCCCGUCGUAUCCGAGAUGUAUGCGACAGAACUUAUAACGUACUAGACACUCGCCGGCCGUGGCAGUGCGGCGGUGAGCGUUUCUGCGCGGAUAGCAACCCUUCAGAGGAUCAUCAGACGCAGAAAAAGCGGGAGAGAAAUUUUUGCCAGAGAGAUGGAAGUGUCCCGGGCGCCACUUUCUGCCUGCUGAAUGUGGUCAAGAAAAAUAGAAGCAUUGGCGGAGCGAAGCCGUGGAAUGAUAAUACCGGGUCUAACAAUUCCGAGCAUGAAGGUUUUCGUCGGAAGGAAUUUUGCCCAUUUCAGCAUAGCUGGGUUGGAGCAAUUACUUGGACUAGUGCCAUCAUUUGCGGUUGGUAUACAAGUCAACUGAUAUGUCUGUAUCGCCGUAAUUGCAAAUGGGAGGGGCCCAAGUGUCUCCCAUAUUUGAUUUCAUCUGUCCACAAAAUACCUUACGACUUGCAAAAUUCGGACUUUUUUAAAUGCCCUUUUCCGGAGUCACCUGUCCCUCCAGUGGCUGAAGAAAACCCACGGAAGAAGGCCACAUUCUUCGGAAUAGCUGUACCAUAUGCAAAUGUGAACAAGCUUUCUGAAUUGGAUUUCAAUGAAUUUUCUGUGGUGCAUACGAACUUCUUGAUACAAGUUAAUAACGAAGGACACCAGGGGAACAAAGAGUCGGGCGAUAGAUUGUCACGGGUUUCCGAGAAACAUCCAAACAAUGAGCCAAAAUUACAGCCACCUACUAUUGAGUCCGCCAUGGAGAAUCUGGUCUCCGUUAUCGGCGAGAUCGAGUACCAGCUUGGAUUGCAGAAUCUGGAAACGGGCGAUUAUCCCACAGCAGUUUCCCACCUAAAAAUGGGAACCAGCCAUCAUCACGCGGGAGCAGCAUUCAACCUUGGAAUAUGCUACGAGCAAGGUUUUGGGGUGAAGAAAAACCCUCGAAUGGCAAUAGAGUGCUAUCAUAUGGCAUCUACUCUCGGUCACGCUCAAGCCAUGUAUAAUCUUGGUGUGUAUUAUGCAAGGGGCCUUGGCGGUCUUCGUCGCAGUCGGACGAUUGCGAAGAAAUAUUUUAUGGCAGCCGCUGAUUUGGGUCUGGAGGAAGCCGUCGCCGCCCUCGGACCGAAGUACAGAGCCAGACGAGAGUCUGAGUCAACUAGUUCAUCUGCAAGCUCAUCUCCCAGUGCUGAUAAGUUUGGGUAUGGUUAUGGAUAUGAUAAUCAUGAUCAGUAUGGAUUUGAUGGAUACAAAUCGUCCGAUCAAUUUGAGCAGAUAAAAAUUCGAAUGGUUUCAGCGAUCGGUUGAUCAAUGACAUUUUCAUAUCCACAACAUUUUUUUUUCUGCAGAUGACAAGUUUUGUUUGUUUGAAGAUAUACUAUGAAUAUUUACUUACAUGUAUUAUUUUUCCUAUAUGGGGUUUGGAUAAUGCCACUAGGGCGAAAAACUACAUUAAACAUAACCAUCAUCUAUUGUUUGAAAUUAUUAUUUAUUCUUUAUUUUUGAGACUUUCAGCCUCCUGGGCUGGUUCGUCUCAGCUAUUGUUUGAAAACGAAAAGCCGUGUGGUGGACUUCGUAUUGAGAUGCAAAAUAAAUACCCAUGCUGUAGGAACCGAACCGUGCGCAAGGCUA